AUGAAAUCUUUCCUGAUCGUUGCUUGUGUCUUUGGACUCUGCUGUGCCGUGCUAGCAGAGGAUGGAGAACUUCGAGAGAAGCGCUCAUCAAGCCGUUCCUCAGAGAGACAACCUGGAGGCUUCUUCAACCCAUACCCAUUUCAGCGUCCCUAUCCCUAUCCGUACUUUCCCCCAUACCAGCCUCAGCUUCUGCCUCAGCCUCUGCCUCCAAACAACAAUGCUCUCCUCAGCCUCUUGCCAUUCAUCUUAGCACAGCUGGCAUCCACUACCCCUGCUCCUGCACCGGCCCCUGCCCCAGCUCCUGCUCCUGCUCCUGCCCCUGGUGGGCGAUAA